CGCGGGCGGCGCGGGCAGGAUUGGCUUGGCUUCUGCUACUUGUUAAGAAAAAAACAUCUGUCUUUGCAGGUGUGUGUUGUUUCAGCGCAGCAUGGCUGUGGUCAUCCGCUUGCAAGGUCUCCCGAUUGUGGCGGGGACCAUGGACAUUCGCCACUUCUUCUCUGGAUUGACCAUUCCCGAUGGGGGAGUGCAUAUUGUAGGGGGUGAACUGGGUGAGGCUUUCAUCGUUUUUGCCACUGAUGAAGAUGCAAGGCUGGGUAUGAUGCGCACAGGUGGUACAAUUAAAGGGUCAAAAGUGACGCUGUUGCUGAGCAGUAAAACUGAAAUGCAGAACAUGAUAGAACUCAGUCGUAGGCGUUUCGAAACAGCCAAUCUAGAUAUGCCACCAGCAAAUGCUAGCAGGUCGGGACCACCAGCUAGUUCUGGAAUGAGUGGAAGGGUUAACUUACCUACUACUGUACCUAACUUUAAUAAUCCUUCUCCUAGUGUAGUAACUGCUGCUACUACUGUGCAUGAAAGCAAUAAAAACAUAUCCACAUUUUCUACUGCCAGUAUGGGGACUGCACCUCCAAAUCUUGGGAGUAGCUUUGGUAGCCCAACGUUUAGCUCAACUAUACCUAGUACAGCAUCCCCAAUGAACACAGUACCUCCUCCUCCAAUCCCUCCUAUCCCAGCUAUGCCAUCUUUGCCACCAAUGCCUUCUAUUCCCCCAAUACCAGUUCCACCUCCUGUACCCACGCUGCCUCCCGUUCCUCCGGUUCCUCCGAUACCCCCUGUGCCCCCCGUACCUCCAAUGACACCUCUGCCUCCCAUAUCAGGAAUGCCUCCUAUGAACCCUCCACCUGUAGCACCUUUACCCACUGGAAUGAAUGGGUCUGGAGCAGCAGUGAAUAUGAACAGCGGCUUGAAUCCAUUGUUUAUUGGUCCCAUGAAUCCUGUAAAUCCUAUCCAGAUGAAUUCUCAAAGUAGUGUCAAGCCGAUUCCGAUCAAUCCAGAUGAUUUGUAUGUCAGUGUUCAUGGGAUGCCCUUUUCUGCAACGGAAUCUGAUGUGAAAGACUUUUUCCUUGGGCUCCGUGUGGAUGCAGUCCAUAUGCUGAAGGAUCACGUAGGUCGAAAUAAUGGAAACGGACUAGUGAAGUUUUUUUCUCCUCAAGAUACAUUUGAAGCACUGAAGCGAAACAGAAUGCUGAUGAUUCAGCGCUAUGUUGAAGUUAGUCCUGCAACAGAGAGACAGUGGGUGGCUGCUGGAGGUCACAUAACUUUCAAGCAAACCAUAGGUCCCUCCGGGCAGUCCAUCCCUCCUCCUCCCCAGCCUCAUUCUAGGUCCAAAUCUCCAAGUGCACAGAAAAGGUCGCGAUCGAGAUCUCCCCACGAGCAGGGUUUCUGUGUCUAUUUGAAAGGUCUUCCCUUUGAAUCGGAGAACAAACACGUGAUAGAUUUUUUUAAGAAGCUGGAUAUAGUUGAAGACAGCAUUUACAUAGCUUAUGGACCCAAUGGGAAAGCAAUCGGAGAGGGCUUUGUGGAGUUCAGGAAUGAAGCCGAUUAUAAAGCAGCGUUGUGUCAUCAUAAGCAGUACAUAGGAAAUCGCUUCAUCCAGGUUCAUCCAAUUACUAAAAAGGCCAUGUUAGAAAAGAUAGAUAUGAUCCGUAAAAGGUUGCAGAACUUCAACUAUGACCAGAGAGAAAUCCUCAUGAAUGCUGAGGGAGAGCCAGGCGCGCCAAAGUUGUGUGCACACAUAUCUAAUAUUCCUUACAAUAUAACAAAAAUGGAGAUACUUCAGUUCCUAGAGGGACUGGCAGUAGAAGAAAACUCUGUACAAAUCCUUGUUGAUACUAACGGGCAAGGUUUAGGACAAGCGCUGGUUCAGUUUAAAGCCGAAGACGAUGCUCGUAAGGCAGAGCGUUUGCACCGUAAGAAACUGAAUGGAAGAGAUGUUGUUUUGCGUUUGAUAACUGUAGAAGAGAUGAGAGAUAUUGAGAGAAACCCACCGUCUCAAGGGAAAAAGUUACUGAAAAUCCCAAUCCCAGGCAACGUGCCUCUGCCAGGAGCACAGGGUGCUGGUGCGGAUGAGCACCCCUUCCUGGGGGGCAACUCCAAAGAUGCCAACAACGGUCCUCCCUUCAAUUUCCCUGGUAACUUCAGUGGGUCUGGCACGUUUGGUCCCCCUCUCCCACCGCCCGGAAUAGGUGGAUUUCCAGAUUCCAGGCCAGGGAUACCUGCGGUUGCAGCUGCUGGCAUACCCGGUGCAGGUAUUGAGGUCCCAGGUUUUGCAGGCGGUCCGGGUAAUUUGAGUGGACCGGCAGGUUUUGCAGGGGGGCCACAGGCUUUUGGUAACGGUCCUGGCAAUCUAAGCGGACCCCCUGCCUUUGGUGCUGGUCCUCCAGGAAUUGCUGGUGGUCUUGGGCAUUUAGGUGGACCUCCAGGGUUUGGACCUGGGCCGGGAAACAUACAUAUUAGUGGUCCCCCAGGUUUUGGAACAGGGUCGGGGAAGCCAGGACCAACUGUCAUUAAAGUGCAAAAUAUGCCCUUUACUGUUUCGGUGGAUGAAAUUUUGGAUUUCUUUUAUGGUUACCAAGUGAUCCCUGGUUCAGUGUGCUUAAAAUACAAUGAAAAAGGCAUGCCCACUGGAGAAGCAAUGGUUGCAUUUGAGUCUCGUGAUGAAGCUAUGGCAGCUGUUGUUGAUUUAAAUGACAGGCCUAUAGGUUCCAGAAAAGUUAAACUUGUUUUAGGGUAGCUGUUAAUACAAAGUAGUUGUAGAAUAGAUCUUCAUAGUGCUGUGAUAAAUGCAUCCGGAUUGGUUUUUGUAGUGUUUCCAGGAUAGAACCUGUGGAUUGUUGAAAUUGUCCAACAGUUUGGUUUUGAUCCGCCCGAGCACUGGGUUUAGCCGUGACAGAGACGCUGCGAGGACAGAGCGCAGCGCGUACUCCUGUACAAAUCUGUGGAGAAGCGAGACCAUUCUUACUCGUCAUAGAAGUUGGUAAAACUCUACUGGGCACAGUGCUUCCUGAGGAAUCUAGCUUGGUUUUACAUAGUUUUGCUUAAGGGAAAGUAGGUGAAGUCAGUGAAGCUCUUCGGUGGAUGCUCUCGCAAGCCAUUGUAAUAUAGAUAGCUAUUUCUAGAUUUGGUUAAAAGCUGGCUGAAUUUGCUUUGUUUACAGGUCAAAGCUUUGUUUAAAGUCCUGAUUUUACUCUGCAACUGAAUGACUUCUCAGUGUACACAGAUUAAUUGUUUUGUGUAUGUAUUUUUUUUCCCAAGGUUCUCACUGUAUGAACAGUUGAAUUAUGCCCAUUGCUGAUGUGUCUACCAAACCAAUUCCUCUAAGUAUGAGCAGAAUUGUUCUGUAAAAUUCAAGCUGUUCUUUGUGGAAUAACCUUUAGUUAUUUAUAUAUUGCGAUUAUGACUGUGCAGAAUAAGACUUUUGCCACAAGUAUAGCUAACCUCAAAUGCUAUCAUACGAGUUUUCUAGAACACUCAUGAAACAUUUGCAGUAGAAGAAGUAACAACUUGAAAAAUACUCAUUAUUGUUUAAGUAGCUUGAUUUGUUAGGACUACGUUAAUCAGUUGGGAUAGGAUCUUUGACACUAGCUGGAUAUCGAUUUUGUAUUUCUCCCGUGUCUCUUGAACUGCUGACGUAGAGUCUUUGCUAAGAGAACCAAAGUGGUGGUGAUUGGUAGAAGAUUGGAGUCCAACUAAAGUUUUGAAUUAGUUUAUGUACAAAAGAAACUUCUACCUUCAGCAACUCUUGUCACAAUUAAUUGCUGUGGGGGAAUUAAGAGCUGAAACUUAUUUUUCUCCAAAACUUGAAAAUACUGAGUUUACUCUCUCUUUUUUUGCAAUAAAGUUGUGCUGUUGUAUUCCAAGUCUGUAAAGAGUUGCCGUUGUCUUUGCUGUGCAGUAAAACCUUCCGUGGAAAACCAGAGAAUUGGCAAGGAAGUAAUGACACAAGUGAGAAGGAGUUUGGUUUUUUGGUUCAUCCGUGCUUGGCUUAUGAGAAAUUUUAAGACUUGGGCAUCGCCUGAAACAAAAACAAAAAUCCUGCUAUUCCCUGCAAAUCAUUGUACUUAAACACGGUAAACUUGACACUUUAGGGUUUUUGGAAGAAGAAAAACAGUGCCUUUUGGUGUUGCAUAUCAUGGAGCACUGAAGUGUACGGUCAGGCAAAAUUGAGAGGUGCAAGUGGCAACAGUUUUAUUCAUGUGUGUAGGAGAGCUUUGCAAACCUGUGCAGCGCUGCAUCCUGAGAGGAUUUCCCAGGACAGGAAUAUGUGGAAGGACUGUAUGAAGGUGUACUUCAAUAAAGAGGCGGUCACAUUACACAGAUGCUUCUGUAACUCAUUAGCAUAACUUUGUUUUUGACAGAUGAUUAGGUGGUCCCAACUUUGGAAAAGUCAUGUGAUUUGUAUAUACUGUUUAAAAUUAAGCCUCCUGUUAAUAAAACUGUCUGUCUCUGAA